GCUUAUCGUCCAUUUGAAGUUCUGUCUUCGACAGGGACUGCCUCUCUUCACGGCUCAAUUAUUUUUAUUUUCAUGCCUCGAUGCAGUAGUAGUUACUAACGGCCGAGAUAAAUCGGGUGCCAUGCUUACUCAUCCAUGGAAACAAUGAACAACCACUGAUCUCGGUUGAAUUCGAAUUCUACUAUUAGUAUCUGCUAUUCGCAUUCCAUGUCUCGGGUCCUUUAUACCUGGGAUAUUAUUUCCUGCUUCCGUGGGAUUGUUAAAAAAGAAUGCCCUUAAUCAUGGAGGACAGUAUCAACGUCGACGACCUCUUCGGGGAGCCCUCCUCCCUGGAUUUGGGCCUCCCAUCUCCCGUCUCCACAAAGGGCCUGGCGAAACGUUUGGACGAGAUGCGACUAUCAGGAUGCUGCCAGAAGAUUGCCUGGUCGAGACAGGGAUGCAUUGCAUACGUCUCCCAAGAUGGCCUCCGAGUCAACAUCCGCCAUUUGCGCUGUCAACCAUCGGUUGGAAAGUGGGUGCUCAGUGAUGAGACGUCAUCUCUUCCCGUCACAGAGGCCCAUGGGGGCCUUCCCUUGGUCCACCUUCUGUGGAAUGAGACCGGGUCCGAGUUGGCAGUUCUUGACUCGUCCGGUCGGUUGUCCAUAUACACUAUCACUACUGCACUAAACCAGAUUGCUGGCCAACGUCAGGCAACCUUUGAUCCGGACGAUGAUGGCAAUCAGGUUGUGGGUAUUAUGUGGCUGAAUGCUCAACGUUCUGUCCAUGCAUUUCACCAAGCCGCCAAGCGGAAUGGACGCUGGGUCUAUUCGCCUUUUCGCCGUCGUCCUGUUGGCCCUUUUCACCCAGCAAAUAAACCAUCCUUGAUCUGUGUGACUAGAUCCGGUCAUAUCCGGUUGGUGUACCAGAACCCAGAUAAUAAAUGGGCUGAAAUCUCAGCCGAGUUGAAGAAUACCGGUUAUUCGGAUAAGCUUCUUACACAUGCGGCUAUUGUAGCUACCCCAGCCAGUAUCAUUAUCGCUACCCACUCCCUAUGCCGCAGGAUCUGUCUUUAUCGUGUUCUCAUUACCUGGGAUCCUGCACACUGGGAUCCAAGCCAGAACAAACCGGGACUUCCACCCCAGCCCUUCCCCGUCCCGAGCUUUCGUUUUGUCCAUUGCAAGGUUGAAAUGCCUUGUGACGUUUUGAGCACCAAUCACAAUGUGGGAGAGAAUACAGACGGUUUCCAGCCCUACCUUUAUAACCUCACUCGACUAGAGAUUAUUCCCGGGCCUCUGGAAAUACCGGCAGGCUCAGCGGCCGGCCCGUGGAUUGUCGCGGUUUUCUCCAGCCCUCUCCAUGCCGUCCCAGAUGAACCAGGGCAGCAAGGGCCAGCCAGUGUUAUCGUGCGAUGGCAACUCGAUACUGCUCCCCAAGCUCUUCACCCAAAAUUUGACGAAGUGGUCUCCAAAAGGAAUACUAACAUUCAAGCUAAGCCGAAACUUGAGUUACGCCGGCUGGAAGACAUUUAUCUUGACCGACAUGUCGUGUCUAUAGACUGUAUCGAAUAUGGCAAUACUGUUGCCGUAACACACGAGGACAGUUCUAUCGCGUUCUACGACCAAAAGACCAUGACACUCCUAAGUGGAUUGCAAGAUACAAAUACGGUGACCAGCUUGGCCCAAGCAGGGUUCCAUUAUCCCCUUGAAUCUUCAACACUUUACGUCGGCUUCUCGCCUAAUGCAUGUGUCGCCACUGUGCUCGACAGAGACUGGCAGAUGCAGCUGAGAUUCAUGGAGCACUCCUUUGGGGCGGAAGAUGGCCGCUACGACGAAAACAAAUUAUCUGCAGCCCUGGCUUCUUUGGCAUUGACUUUUUGCCGCGGGUGUGGAAGUGAUGUCAAUACGGAUGACAUUUUGGUGAUCGCUUUGCGUCAACUUUCUCCUGAAGCUGAAACCACAUUUGUCAAUGAGAUAUACCGUGCUCUGCCAAUUAACUGCAACUUCACGGAGGAGCAGGACAAGCUUAUGAACCAUGCGUACAUUCCACGGUGUCUCAGUCUACAGGCUGCUUUGGGAUUCAAAUCUAGGUAUAAGCCGCGCAGUCUCACGUCUGCUAUACCGUGGGCUAUUCUUAAUCUCCGACAUGCAUCUAUGCUUUUUGCUUUCUUCUUUCAGUACAAUCGAGGCGCCGCACCUGAGCCUCACGAUCCCGAUGUACUACGGAUGGUCUUUGGAAACACUAAAUGGGCAUUGGAAUUUUUACACUAUAUCCUAAAUGGGCUUUUCGACCUCGCAGACGAUCUAGAAAACACUUUCAACAACCCAGAAGUCUUUGCUCAAAGCGUAAAAUCCACAGCCUCCUUGCCCCUCGUCAUUGUCCUUUCUAGCAUGUCUCGUGCAUUCUUGCGCUUCAUCUGCCGCGGUCUCCGGGGCAUCUACGCAGGCUACGCCACAACCACUACAUUGUCAGGAGACGCUCGUGUCUACUAUGCAGAAGUCUGCCAGACCCUAGACUCUUCGCCCGUCCGCAUUGACGUAUACGAGAAAUUCCUAGCUGGCGUGGACUCAGCAGUGCGGCACGCCUACCAAGCGGCGGCUUUCGGCGAAGCCGAACGUCCAGGUCCCGAGAAGGACCUCCUCGUUCACGCCCGUAUCCAACCGGUCUUCAUACCAGCUGUUGCUGCCAUUCUGCGACAGACAAUUCCCGCAUUGAAGCCGGAGAUAGAUCGCAUGGCUAUCUACCUGGGCGACUAUGGCUGGCUCGGGUUCGGCGACGACCCGCGCACGGAAGUAUACCGACGGACGCGGGACGUGGACGUUCUGAAGAAAGUUCCCCUGCGGAGAGCCAUCACACCGGCUGGACAUGGGAAUGAAAGUGCAAACGGUGAACCCGCCAGGUAUCAUCAUAACAACGCUCCUGCAUCUCAAAUGGUCCGGAGAAGACGCUGUGUCCGUUGUUGUGAGGUUACAGGGGAUACGUCCUUUCCGCGCACUCUUCUCGCUUUCCGGAUGGUGUUGAAACUUGGUCUUCUACGCUCCUGUCUUUGCGGUGGAAUGUUAACUAUUGAACCUGGUACUGGGGAAAACACCGGUAACCAGGCCCAAAGUCAGAUAGGUAAUGGUCAUGCCCAGCCGUCAUCAACUCAUCAGCAUAGCAAUCCAUCGCGAACUCCAGCCAUGGUUAAUGUGUGAUGACCUGAGUCACUGUUGGUGCACUUUGGUUUAAUUAUUAUUUCUUGGAUCUAUCAUUGGUAUGGGUUUCGAAUUUUAAUUUUCGGAUGUGAAAAGAUAGUUUGGUAGUUUCAUCGAGAAAAGGAUUUUAGGCUAUUUGCCUAUUUUUCACAUAUAGAUCUUUCGUUCCUAUAUACUUUUGUUAAUAUUUGGCAAUUGACAUGAUUGAGGAAGCAUCC